AACAUAACCAGGAGAAUUGUAGAACGUAUGGAGAUAUUAGACUUCUGAAUUACAGACAUUAGGUGCUCAGUUCUGAGGGGAAAGCUUAGCUUGGUUGGCUACAGACCCUUUUUACAAGAUUAGCUUGGUGUUGUUUAGCUGCCCUGCUAAUAAACUAGUACCAAACCCACCGGUAAAAUGUAAAUAUCCGUAUUGAUUUCCAUCUUUCACCAAGAUUACAUCUUUAAACCCCAUGUGCCCUCGUGUUUUGGGCUGUGUGUGUUUACCAGAUACUCUGUUUGGUCUGUCAGAAGCUCUUCUAGACGGUUAGCUUAGCAUAGCGUAGCCUGAGGGGAAUAGAGAGAGUCGCGUCAGUUCCGUUGGAUAUGUAAGGUUUUUCCGGUUUAUUUGAGAAGGGUAAACACUUCGGAGUUACAUAGUUCACUACAGAUACAGAUUUCACUGCGUUUUUGCACUAUUUUCUUUGGAUUUCUUUCUCAUACAUCUCCUGAAUAAAAGCUAAAGUAUCGGUUGUGAAACGAUCGAAAGUUCAACAGGCUUACUAUCCCUUUUUCGAGGGAUAAGCCUUCAAUUUCUAGGAAAUUAAGAUACUCCAUAUUUUCCCUCCUGCUUGGCUUUUCUACCUGGUUGAAGUUUGUCUCCACAACCAACCAAGAUUCUACAAAACAUCAGGGUUUAACUGCUCCAAUAGGUUAAGCCCAAGGCAUUUAGAAAACCUCCAGUACCUUCAAACGUUGAUGAAAACAUCUAACAAUGAAGCCAAGUCCACCCAGGGAGAAAACGCACCACUGUUCAGAGUGUGAAAAGAGUUUUACUACAAAGCGUGAUCUCAACAGACACCAGCGCAUUCACACAGGAGAGAAACCGUAUCACUGCUCAGCCUGUGGGAAGAGUUUUAAUCAACUGAAUCAUCUUAAAACACACCAGCGCAUUCACACAGGAGAAAAACCCUAUCACUGCUCAGACUGUGGGAAGAGAUUUAAUCGUCAGACUACUCUUAAAAACCACCAGCUCAUUCACACAGGAGAAAAACCCUAUCACUGCUCAGACUGUGGGAAAGGUUUUAUUACAAAAAAUAUUCUCAAAGUACACCAGCACAUUCACACUGAAGAGAGACUCUAUUAUUGCGCAAACUGUGAGAAGAGUUUUAUUACACAAUCUCAUCUUAACAGACACCUGCGCAUUCACACAGGAGAAAAACCCUAUCACUGCUCAGACUGUGGGAAAAGUUUUAAUGAUCUAGGACAUCUUCAACGACACCAAAGCAUUCACACCGGAGAGAAACCGUAUCACUGCUUGGACUGUGGGAAGAGUUUUAUUACACAAACUCUUCUCAAAACACACCAGCUGAGUCACACAGGACAGAAACCAUAUCACUGCUCAGACUGUGCAAAGCGUUUUAUUUCACGUAAUCAACUCAACAUACACCAGCGCAUUCACACUGGAGAGAGACCAUAUCACUGCACAGACUGUGGGAAGAGUUUUAUUACACGUAAUAAUCUUAACAUACACCAGCGCAUUCACACAGGAGAGAGACCAUAUCACUGCUUAGACUGUGGGAAGAGUUUUAUUACACGUAAUAAUCUUAACAUCCACCAGCGCAUUCACACUGGAGAAAGACCAUUUCACUGCUCAGACUGUGGGAAGAGUUUUAUUACACGUAAUAAUCUUAACAUGCACCAGCGCAUUCACACUGGAGAGAGACCAUUUCAUUGCUCAGACUGUGGACAGAGUUUUAUUACACGUAAUAAUCUUAACAUGCACCAGCGCAUUCACACUGGAGAGAGACCAUUUCAUUGCUCAGACUGUGGACAGAGUUUUAUUACACGUAAUCAUCUCAAGAGACAUCGGCGCAUUCACACUGGAGAGAGGCCAUAUCACUGCUCAGACUGUGCGAAGAGUUUUGAUACACGUACUCUUCUCAACAUACACCAGCGCAUUCACACUGGAGAAAAAACAUAUUACUGCUCAGAAUGCGGGAAGAGUUAUACUCGAUUAAAUACUCUCAAAGAACACCAGCGCAUUCACACUGGAGAGAAACCAUAUGAAUGCCCAGUCUGUGGGAAGAGUUUUAUUCGACUUGGUUCUGUCAUUGCACACCAGGUAACUCACACAAAAAAGAAAGAGAAUCAUGAUUCAGAGGGUGAGACUCACUUUAGGCAUUCAGAUACAUUAGAUAACUCUCAUUCAACCAUCCCAAGCCGCAAUGCACAUAUUAAAAUAGAUUGAAAGGGUAACUGAUGACAAAACAGUACUGUUCUCUUUGGCUGUUUCACAGUGAUACAGUGCUGACUGGUCGGAGUAGAUUGUUUUGCAGGGGACUGAUGUUCUGCUGAAGGCUGUUUUUAGGACACUUUUAAUGUUUUGGAAAAAAAACUGAGAAAACCAAAGGAGGGGGAUUGGUCAAGAAAGCCUAUGAACUAUGGACUAUCAAGCUAUAUCUCUGUCUCUCUCUUUCUCUCUGGGUUGUAAAUGUGUUAAUAUGAAUAUCCUUUUCUGCCUUAUAAUCGUUUACUUAUGUUUUCCUUGUAUGUGUCUGUAUGUAUUUUUAGUACAUUUUAAUGGCUAGUGUCCCAGAGAGAUUAAGCCUAGUUCUGGUUUGGACACCAAAUUGAAUGGUUAAUUAAAAGACAAACCAAGUCAAGAGGCAUAAGGGGUUUGCUUGUAAGUGAAGUUGAUGGACACUAGCCAGCAUGCUUUUGGCAAGUCAACGUUAAUUGUGGGAGUUAGAUUGAGACCUAAAGGUUUGGUGCGAGAUAGAUGGGACAUUCCAUUUCUGAAGUUAUGUGAACAGUGCAGUAAGCGCUAAUGAUUGUGUCCGGCAGCGCCUGUCUAUGAUAAUAAUAAUUUGUUAGUGUUUGUAUGAUAAGACAAAUAUAGAGUUAAGAUUUUGCAUAUUGUAAAUUGUGAAAUUGUAACUGCAAUCUGUAUAAAAAAAAUGUUGGAUGGUA